GUUAUUUGUGGGACGGCGCCGGUCCCCGGAUGUACCGCGAUGCCGAAAGUGAAGCGAAGCCGAAAGCCGCCUCCUGAUGGCUGGGAGCUGAUUGAACCCACCCUGGAUGAACUGGACCAGAAAAUGCGGGAGGCUGAAACUGAACCUCAUGAAGGGAAGAGGAAAGUAGAAUCACUGUGGCCUAUCUUCAGACUCCACCACCAGCGAACACGUUACAUAUUUGAUCUGUUCUAUAAAAGAAAGGCAAUUAGCAGAGAGCUCUAUGAUUAUUGCAUAAGGGAAGGUUAUGCUGACAAGAAUCUCAUUGCGAAGUGGAAGAAACAGGGCUAUGAGAAUCUGUGCUGUCUUCGCUGCAUCCAAACCAGAGAUACCAAUUUUGGAACAAACUGCAUCUGCAGGGUCCCCAAGAGCAAGCUUGAAGUGGGCAGGAUUAUUGAGUGCACACACUGUGGAUGCAGAGGCUGCUCUGGUUGAAUUUGUCCGUAUUGGAUGUAAGGGGUUUUAGUUUAUGUAUAAUCAUUUUUAUUUUGAGUCAAUAUUUGGACCAUAAUUAGGACAAGAUGUAUUCUGUACACUUUGGCUGUCUUCUAACUAGCUUUUCUUUUCCUCAAAAUGGAAUAUAAUGAAUUAAAAUGUAUUUUAAAAGUGAAGUUUCAGAGCACUGUAGUCUUUAUAAAAUAACAAACAGUUUUAGAACCAAUAAAAUGCACAAGUUGACCUGGAUGGCAUUCAUGUCCACUCUGAAUCACCAUGUUAUAAAGGCAGGUAAUUUGACUUUGGGUAAUUAAACCUUGGGUUACUGCAGACAGCCUAUAAAAGAUGACUGUGGCUGCUCUGGGCUGGCUCGUUCUUUCAAACUAAUUAAUCAAUACUAAACUAUUAUUGAAAGUCAUCCUGUUCUAUAUCGUUGGUUAUCCUUUUCUGUUGAUUUGAUCUGCACUUAAAAGUUACUGUGAAAUAAAGUUAAUGUUCAUUUUCCUGUACUGUUUGUUUUGCUUAAACUUUCUACAAAAAAAACUGAGUGCCAAUUUCCAGGUCUGUUUCCGGGUACAGAGGUAGAUAAAUUUUGUUUCGCUCAUUAGCCUGCAUUGUCACCCAUACAAAGUAAACUCUUUACUGCAUAAGGCUCCUUUGUUAUCAAGAUCAGUAAUAAUAAAGAUCAAUACGUAUCUAAUACCUUGUAUUCAGAAGCAUUUAUGUGUCCAAGUUUAGCUCUUGUACUUAAUUAAAAUGAAGAAUAUGGCAGAUGUUUUUUGCAAUAAAACCAUUUGAAAGAUGA